AUGCGCGGCGAAAUCUGUCAUCUCCACCUCGGCCAGGCUGGUACUCAGUUGGGUAACGCCGCCUGGGAACUUUAUCUGCUCGAACACGGCUUGAUGCCCGAUGGAAAUAUAGAUCCCGACAUCACCGAUCAGAUUUGCCAGAGCGGCUCUUAUGAGACCUUUUUCACCGAGACCGGAAAUGGCAAAUACGUCCCUCGUUCGAUCUUUGUCGACCUUGACCCUUCGCCUAUUGACGAGAUACGUACUGGUACCUAUCGCCAUCUGUUCCACCCAGAUCAAUUGAUAAGCGGAAAAGAGGAUGCCGCCAACAACUAUGCUCGUGGCCAUUAUACUGUUGGCAAGGCGCUCUUGGAGGACGUUAUUGACCAAAUUCGCCGCGUGGCCGAUAACUGCUCUUCUCUUCAGGGUUUCUUGAUCUUCCGCUCUAUCGGGGGUGGGACUGGCUCUGGUUUCGGUGCUUUGUUGCUGGAGCGUCUUUCUGCUGAGUAUGGCAAGAAGUCGAAGCUAGAGUUCGUGGUCUAUCCGUCCCCUAGCGUGGCGACGGCAGUGGUAGAACCCUACAAUGCUGUGCUGUCCACACACAGCACCAUUGAAAACUCCGAGUGUACUUUUCUCGUCGAUAACGAGGCUGUUUAUGAUAUUUGUAAGCGCAACCUAGAUAUCCCUCGCCCUGGAUAUAAUCACCUCAACCGUCUCAUCGCCCAGGUCGUUAGCUCUGUCACCUCCAGCUUGCGUUUCAAUGGUGCCCUCAAUGUCGAUCUGAACGAGUUUCAGACUAACCUCGUGCCGUUUCCACGUAUUCACUAUCCUCUUAUUUCAUAUGCUCCUGUCAUAUCUAGUAACUGCAGCGGCCACGAAAGUUUCAAAGUCAAGGAUCUCACCUUCCAAUGCUUUGAACCCAAAAACCAGAUGGUUGUCUGCGACCCUCACAAUGGCAAGUAUAUGGCUGUGGCUCUUCUCUAUCGAGGUGAUGUCGUGCCUCACGACUGCACUCAAGCUGUUGCUGAUGUCAAAGCCAAGGCGUCCUUCAACCUAGUCGAGUGGUGUCCAACCGGUUUUAAGCUUGGUAUUAACUACCAGAAACCUAUAAGUGUGCCCGGUAGCGAGCUUGCAUCUGUCGACCGCUCAGUCACUAUGCUCUCUAACUCUACCUCUAUCGCUGAGGCCUGGGCCCGACUCGAUCACAAGUUCGACCUUAUGUACUCUAAACGUGCCUUCGUCCACUGGUAUAUGGGCGAGGGAAUGGAGGAGGGCGAGUUCUCCGAGGCUCGUGAGAACCUAGCUGCUCUAGAGAAGGAUUACGAGGAGAUCGCCCAUGACACUGUCCUCUCCGACCGGGAAGUAGAUCUGGAGUAUUGA